UCCUGGAGGGUGAGUUGGAGGCUGCAAGUGCCAGGCAGCUGGAGCGGGACGGAGAGCAGCAGGGCAGAGCUUGCCAGGGUUUCCAGGGGAGCAGGGCCUGCACGCUGCGGCUGCGGGGCUCACUCUCGGCCAGAUUAGAACCUCCUCCCUCCGUCCGCGCCGUCUCCGCCUCACUCUUACCGCGCGCCCCCAAACUCCACCCCCCAGGCGCGCCUCCGGGCCGCUAUAGGUUGGGCUGCUCCAGGAAGUUUCCAUGAAACCACCUGAAAUACUAAAUUACCGUCUUCAGGCAAGCCUGAGCGAGAGAAAGCCCUCCUGAGUUGCAGCUAAGAAAUUUGGGCUCCUCUGAGAGGAGGGAAGUGGAGGUCUUGGGACUGGCAGCGUGACUUCCUCCCUGAUGGCUGCACCCAGAGGCUCCAGUGGUGACUGCUCCCACAUUAUUGAUCACAGCCAUGUACCCCGAUUCGAGGUGGUCACCUGGAUCAAGAUCACUCUCAUCCUGGUGAACCUGGUCAUCUUCGUGGUGGGCAUCCUGGGGAACAGUGUCACUAUUCGGGUCACCCAGGUGCUGCAGAAGAAAGGCUACUUGCAGAAGGAGGUGACAGAUCACAUGGUGAGCCUGGCUUGCUCCGACAUCUUGGUCUUCCUCAUCGGCAUGCCCAUGGAGUUCUACAGCAUCAUCUGGAACCCCCUGACGACGCCCAGCCAUGCCCUGUCCUGUAAGCUGCACAAAUUUCUCUUCGAGACCUGCAGUUACGCCACGCUGCUGCAUGUGCUGACGCUCAGCUUCGAGCGCUAUGUCGCCAUCUGCCACCCUUUUUGGUACAAGGCCAUGUCGGGGCCCUGCCAGGUGAAGCUGCUGAUUGGCUUCGUCUGGGUCACCUCCACCCUGCUGGCAUUGCCUUUGCUUUUUGCCAUGGGAGUUGAGUACCCCCUGUUGCGCGUACACAGUCACCAGGGUCUCUCUUGCAACCGCUCCCUCACCCGCCACCACGAGCAACCCGAGACCUCCAACAUGUCCAUCUGUACCAGCCUCUCCAGCCGCUGGACCACCUUCCAAGCCAGCAUCUUCAGCGCCUUUGUGGUCUACCUCGUGGUCCUGGUCGCUGUGGCCUUCAUGUGCUGGAACAUGAUGCAGGUGCUCAGGAGGAGCAAGCAGGGCGUGCUGUCCGGGGAGGGGCAGCUGAGGAAGUCCGAGAGCCAGGAGAGCCGGGCGGCCAGGAGGCAGACCAUCCUCUUCCUGAGGCUGAUCGUUGUGACACUGGCCAUCUGCUGGCUACCUAACCAGGUCCGGAGAAUCAUGGCUGCCUCCAGACCCAAGCACGACUGGCCCAAGUCCUACUUCCAGGCCUACAUGAUCCUCCUCCCUUUCUCGGACACCUUCUUCUACCUGAGCUCAGUCAUCAACCCGCUGCUAUACAACGUGUCCUCGCAGCAGUUCCGCAGGGUGUUCUGGCAGGUGCUGCGCUGCCACCUGACCCUGCAGCACGCCAAUCAGGAGAAGCGCCUGCGCAGCCUAGCUUCUUCCACCACGGACAGCGCCCGCUCUGCACGCCGUCCGUUGAUCUUCAUUGCUUCCAGGAGCAAUUCCUCUGUGAGGAGAACUAAGGAGGUUUUUUUAAGCACUUUUCAGAGAGAGGCCGAAGCCAAGUCCGAGUCUAAGACUCAACAAUUGAGUCCAGAGUCGCCAGAGCCCAACUGGGAGACGAAACCAGCUGGUUCUGCAGCAGAGAAUGGUUUUCAGGAGCAUGAAGUGUGA